AACCCUCUUUCCUCUCCUCACACCCACAACACCAGCACAAAAGGUCACUCGAAAACCGAACCACUGCACUCCCCAACCACCCCAAAUAUCUACUAUUAUAAUCGACAAACAAUGUGUCUCAUCUCCACCACGCCCACGCGCGGACACAGAGGUAGCGUUCUCGACCCACCACCGUACCGCUCCAGUUUCUCAGCGCACCCUCCACCUGGGAAAGUCCGUCUUCCGCGCGGAUCAACACACUCGUACCGCCGCUCGUCCACGACCAGCUUCCACGACGAUGGUCAUAGGGUGAUUGAGUACCGGAGAUCGGAGCCGAGAGCGAUCGAGUACGAUGAUCACCAUGCAAGGAGAAGAAGUCGAAGUGUGGUUCGUGAGCGGGACUUUGAGCCUAGGGGCAGCAGGGGCAGCUUCGUGGAGGAGAGACGGAGGAGUGUUAGUCGGGUGAGGUAUUGA